AUGAAUCCUCUUGCGAAGAACCUCAAGAAACAACUUACUUGCUCGAUUUGUCUCGAUACCUACAAUGAACCUAAAACUAUAUCAUGUCUUCACACAUUUUGCAGUGAGUGUUUAGAGACACAUGCAAGAGUGAACCAGAGACAAGGAAAAUUCCGAUGCCCCGAGUGUCAGGUAGAAAUCGAUUUACCGCAAGGAAAUCGCUUCGACCUUUUGCCUAACGCCUUUUUUCAAAAAAGUCUGUUAGGUUUCCUUGAAGCGGAAGAUCAACAGGCCGUUCCGAGGCAACAACAGGAGACUUGCUCGCAACAUACAGAAGAAAGAGUACGAUAUUACUGCUCCUCGUGUGAAGCAUGUAUUUGUCCUAUUUGCGUUGCGGAAGACCAUCGAGGCCAUGCGUUUAACGUGCUUGAAAAAGCAGUGCAAGAGGAGAAGAAAAACAUUAUGUUGACUGUCGAGACCAUCAAGGAAAAAGCAAACUUGUUUCGAGCAGAGUUAAUAAAAUUAGAAAAAGCAUCAGAGGAUGUGGAAAUGAUUAUCGCAAUCGCUAAACAAGAAGUGUCGGAGGCAACUGCACACGUGAUCACAAAGACGCGACAACAAGAAAAGAAACUUUUAGAGUCCUUAGAAAUGACACGUAGGAGGAGACUAGAGCGAGUUAACUCGGCUAAACAAGAACUGAAAUCUCUGGUAAAACAAAUGAACCAAGCAGCUGAACUUGGGGAGAAUCUUAUACAAGGAUCAACUGCGGAUAUCAUACAGAACAAAAAGAAAUUGAGGCAGAAACUUGAAGAGCUUCGUGGAGUUGAAGUUCCAAAACAUCGCCAGGCUACAUUUGUCAAAUUUACCGCCGCAACGCAACACAACUUUAAACUGGGUUCUAUUCAAAUCUCCGAGAAGCCGGAUAUCGCAGCUAAAUUAACUCUUGAAGGACUGGAUCAAACUUUUCAAGCUGGUGUAGAAGCAAAGUUUACAUUGUGCUCAGGGACAUCUGGAGGAGAGAUGGGUGACUACGCCGAUCUCAAAGAUCAAGUCGAAUUGCUAAUAAAACCCGCCAAAGACGUGACAAACGUGACUGUUGAUGAGGAAUACGAUGGAAAUGUUAGCCUGAAAUUUACUCCCAAAGUACCUGGGGCCUACAGCAUUGUAGUGAAGAUCAAUGGCGAUAAACUGCCGACCUGUCCAAUGACUGUGCAGGUAAAGGAACGUGAACUUGUUGUGGUCGGUGGGUUGAAGUUAAAGCUCUCCCCAAGGGACUCGCUGGAAUGGUUAUAUGGAAUUGCUGUGAAUACAGAAGGCCAGAUAGUUGCCACAGAUAACUUUAGCCACUGUGUUUAUCUCUUUGACAAAAAUGGCAACUGUUUGACAACGAUUGGAAGCAAGGGUAGCAAUACAGGACAAUUUCAGUGCCCUGAUGGCAUUUCGUUUUUAAAUGACAACGAAGUCCUGAUUGCAGACUCAGGCAAUUGCAGAAUACAACGACUUAAUAUUCAGACAGGAACUGUUGUGAAAAGUUUUGGACAAGAAGGCAGAGGAAAAGGAGAGUUUGGCUGGCCAAGAGACGUUACUGUGAAUGAUGGAGAACGAAUUGUUGUAACCGAGUAUGGCAAUGGUAGGAUACAGGUGAUGUCAAAGGAAGGAGAGUCUAUUUUCACAUUUGGAGACAAAUGCCCAGAGAAACUCCAUCAUCCAAACUGUUGCAUUCUUCACAAAAACAUGUUUCUCGUAUCUGAUGCAAGUAACCAUUGCAUCAAAGCUUUUGAUCAAACAGGAACAUUCUUAUACAAGUUUGGCAAACAAGGGAAUCAAGAUGGACAGUUUAAAACGCCGCGUGGUUUGCUUGUAGACAGCUCCAAUAAUCUUCUAGUAUGUGACAUUGGCAAUAAGCGAGUUCAGCAGUUUUCUUUAGAUGGUCACUUCAUAGGCAGUAGUAUCACUUGUUUAACUAGUCCUACGACGAUGACAAAAGCACCAGACGGGCGCAUUCUUGUUAUUAGCUGUGAAGAGAAAAAAGUGUACAUUUUGAAAUAG